GGGAAGGCAACCUGCAACCUCCCACGGAAUUCCCCAUCGAUUUCCUCCCUCUUUUUGCCCGCUCGCAGAGGAGAUUUCGUUCCUUUUCCUUCGCUUUCUUUCGAUGGGGGGCUUUUUCCACGGACGCCCUUGCGCUCGCCGCCGCUGCCCCUCCCGCCUUGGAGACUCUCUUCCUUCCUUCCCCUUUUCCUUACGCAAUAUACAGAAAUGCGCGAGGCGGUGGUUGGUUUUCAUUUCUUCUUGGUGGUUGUGUGCAUGCGGUGGGAUUGUGAGAGUGCGUGUGUGAGCUGUGGCGCAACGUUGACUUCUUCCGAGUGUGGUCUUCUUGGCGAUAGGUUGUGUGUCCAAACUGUGAUGGUGUCUGCGCUGUUUGAUAUGUAGAUUUGGAUUCUUUGAGGCUCUUCUGCGUUUUCAUAGUUGUAUAUAAUUAUGCUCAUUUGCCUUCUCGACAUGGGUCUGGUUCUGUGUGUUGGGUUGCGUGACGUUUGCGAUUGUGUUUAGGUGCUUUCGUUGUCGUGCUAGGCGUGUGUAUUCCUGACUACGGUGGAUUGUGCGUCCAUGAGCGAUUGCGUUUGACCGAUUUCGUUGUGUCCCGCUGGACAAUGUUAGGGCCUGACCCAGUCUGCUUGUGGGGCAGUGUUAGGCUGUGCUUAGUUUGCUUCCCUUCUAUGGGGAUGGACCUCCUGUGGCCCUGUCCGCACCGGGUUGUGUGCUUGUGUGCUAGUGUCCUCUGGAAGUGCAUUUGUAAAUCGCUGGGGGGUGGAAGGGAGGGCGAGCAAACAAGAGAUGGAAGCGCUAGUUGAGGAGGCGGCAUGGGGGCAGGGAGAGGGAUUUCACAUUUUAUUCCAAAUUAUGAUGUAUUCGGAAGCCAGUAUUGGCUUGAAUGGGCAGACGGAGCCCGAUCGGCGGCUGCUCUGUCUGGAGGUCAGUCUGUGCCUCGGUGUUGGAGGGGUCUGUUAGUUAGCGGGAGGCUCUUCCAGGCUGGAAGCUGAGCAGCGCUCGCGGAGGUCCGCGCCUUCAAGCCGGUAGCCGCCCGCUUCGGUUCCCGCGGCACUCAGGCUUCGUCCAUUUCUGACCGCCCAGGACCACACCGUGGCCUAACUGCCAGUCUUUCUGCGAGAGAGGGGGAAAGCAAGGACCCCCAUCCACAACCUGGACCUCAGCUCCCAUCCCUCUCCGCCGGAGGAGUGGAGAUCCUAUUUAGAGGGGCCAGUCUCUCUAAAUAUGCCCCAGGCACACACAGAAAUGUUCUGACUGGCUGGCAACAGGAGAUGGGGAGCCGGUGUAAGGGGCUGUGAGCUGCGUCUUGGCUGCACAAAGAGGAGAUGUAAUGGUCAAAUUGUCUGGUGCUGUUGGGUUAGAAAUUUUCUUCCCACUUCUCUCAUUUUCCCCAAUGAAAACAAAUAAACAAAAAUCACUCAGGCUUUCCUUUCAAUAAUCUUAACUGAAGCCAUGUGAUGGGGUUUAGUCACUGACCACCGAAAGUACUUGUGAAUUCUCUACUGGCUUCCUUGGGAGCCUAGAACCCUGGCUUGGGUGAUCCUGGUUGCAGAAGGAACCAGGUUUUCCUGAGGUCCUGGGAGGGGUGGGGCGAGGUUGGCCACAGACCCUGGGGACCAAUCAUAGGUUUCUCAUGGGGAGCCUUAGACAUAUAGAUAUUUAAAAGCAUCUGGAGAGGGCAUUUGGGGCCAGAGUUAACUCAUCUCCCCUUGCCCUAUGGGGAUCUGCUUCUACUCAAAGCCAUGGAAUUAAUCAGAAGGUAUAAAUGUGUCCUAAGGAGAGCUUGAGCUCAUUCUGGCAACUGCAGAGUGAACUGUUUGUCACUCAGUUACAAGCUGGGCCUGAAGCACAUGUCACUGGGCGCACAACGGUAUCGGUAUCUGGGGACAGUAAGGUAGGGAGCCAGCCCCUUAAGGCCUGUAUGUUUCACCAGAGGAUGGUCUAUUUCUAGUGCAUUUCACUGUUGCAGCGGAGUCAAGAGGUCUCCACUGGUAUACCGCUGGUGCAUUUCUAGUGGCUGCAGUGUCUUGGCAGUCCCAUUCUAUGGAUACAGAUCUAUUGUUUCCCCCAUAAUUGUAAACUCACUUCUAAUGAAGUGUUGAGGACCCACUGCCUUUUGCAGCUUGGGUACACCAGGUCUGGGGGAAUUUUGUUGUUUCCGGGAAGAGCCCAUGGGGCUGGCAGACCCAGGGCAGGAGCAUAAUCUGAAUGAUGAUUCUCUAUCAGCUGUGUGUCUGGUAGCAAUUGAGUAGCUCCGGAGGAGGUUUCAGAAGGUCCCGACUCUCUUCUGGGGUGGGAGGAUGGUUCGCAGGCUGACUCCCUUUCAGAACGUGUACAGUGGCAGAAUGGCUGCCAUGAGUGAUUAGAUAGACUCUGCUUGGGGCUGAGUUGGAUUUUUCUGUAUUUGUUUUCUGCUACAAAAUACCCCGAUUAUAUAAUUCCGACAGCAGAAACUAUUUUGAACAUUUUAUGAAACCUGUCGAGUUGAUUAUAUACAUAUAUAUAUAUUUUUUUUAUUAAAACAACUCACAAGCAUUUCCACAUUUGGACCCAGAGGCUCUUAGUUUUUCCAUUAUCAUUCUUGCCAGGUCGGGGGUGUGAGAGGAGGUUGGCUCCACCAGCACCAAGAUAGGGUGAUGGAAGAACUGGAGGGAGCAGUAGUGGGGAGUGGAGCCUCUGCCUGGGGUCACCCUGGAGUAUGGUUAUGGAGUAGAGGAGUGUCCUUGGGUUGAGGGGGUGGUAUAUAUGGGAAGAUGUAUAUGGGAAGGUAACAAAGACAGAGCAAGAUGGGAGUUCUGGUCCCACUCUGUGGCAAACAGGCGAGUGUGACCUUGGUCAAGGCAGUCCCCUUGCUGGCCCAGUCUCUCUGUCAGUAAUAAUGUUUACUUGAGCAUUUGCACAGUGCUUUUAAAUGUAUAAAUGAAGUAUUCCUCCUAUUUCCCAGAGGACAACACGGAGGCAGGAGAGAGAGGGAAAGGAGAGUGCUGGAGGAGUUCAGGGGCCUUCAUGACACCCUCCCCCCCCCCACUUGUGAGUGGGAGCCCAGACCGCAGUGUCUCAGGAGCACCCUUUGAAUGUCCCGGCUCUACACGCCUCAACCAGUCUUCCCUUCUAGAUCCCACCUCACUUCUGAGUCCAACUGAGCAGAAGGAGGUAGAGUGUGCAGGAAAGUAGGGCCUGGAUCAUCCUCCCUUCCUGUUGUUCCAUCUCUGGUCCCUGGGGGAGUAAAGAGCCAUUGGGGUUUCCAGUGGCUGCACAGACAGAAUACAGGUCGAUUUACUGAGUAUAGACAGACCCCCCCCCCCCUCGGCAAGGCUGUUGAAUAUGUGUUAAAAGGGAGAGCUGGUUCCUCCCGAUAAUUUUCUGCCAGCUCUGAUCCCUCUAGCACCCCUCACCAGGUUUCUGGGUGUAUGUGUGUGAUGGUAGGCUGGGGGCGGGUAUCACUGAGAGGCAAGUAAGGUUCGAAAAGCACUCCACCUCUGCACAGCAGGUUCCCCCGCCAAAACCAAAAGGGGGGGUGGGGAGAACUUGGUGGGGGAUUUGUUCCCUCCUCUUCUCUUGCGGCCUGAGAAGGGGCACGGGGUGAUAUUUCUUUCUCACCUCUUUCUACAUUUCCUUCCUCCUUUUUUCCACUCUGUUUUUCUUUCGCCGGCUGUAUUCCUUUUUCUUCCAAUGUCUCUGUUGUCCUUCUCCAUCUCUGUCCUUCCUGUCCUCAGUGCCUGUGUCUCCCAGGCACCCUCCCCUCUUCCUCCAAAGCAGAGACCCCAUUUCCUUUUCGCCCCAGCAUCGCGGGUGGAUGGAUGUGUGUCCACGUGGCGCUAAGUUUGUCAGCCUUUUCUCAGGGCUCGGCGGAUGACCGAGCGGCCGCCCAGCGAGGCGGCACGCAGUGACCCCUCGCUAGAGGGACGGGACGCGGCCGAGGCCCGCAUGGCCCCCCCGCACCUGGUCCUGCUGAACGGCGUCGCCAAGGAGACGAGCCGCGCGGCCCCCGCGGAGCCCCCGACCAUCGAGCUGGGCGCGCGCGGCGGCCCGGGGGGCGGCCCCGCCGGUGGGGGCGGCGCCGCGCGAGACUUAAAGGGCCGCGACGCGGCGGCGGCCGAAGCGCGCCAUCGGGUGCCCACCACCGAGCUGUGCAGACCUCCCGGGCCCGCGCCUGCGCCCGCCUCGGCCCCCGCGGAGCUGCCCGGCGACGGCCGCAUGGUGCAGCUGAGCCCGCCCGCGCUGGCGGCCCCCGCCGCCCCUGGCCGCGCGCUGCUCUACAGCCUCGGCCAGCCUCUGGCCUCGCUCGGCAGUGGGUUCUUUGGGGAGCCAGAUGCCUUCCCUAUGUUUGCGACCAACAACCGAGUGAAGAGGAGACCCUCCCCUUAUGAGAUGGAGAUUGCUGACGGUCCUCACACCAAAGUCGUGCGGCGUAUCUUCACCAACAGCCGGGAACGAUGGCGGCAGCAGAAUGUGAAUGGGGCCUUCGCAGAGCUCCGCAAGCUGAUCCCCACGCAUCCCCCGGACAAGAAGCUCAGCAAGAACGAGAUCCUCCGCCUGGCCAUGAAGUACAUCAACUUCCUAGCCAAGCUGCUCAAUGACCAGGAGGAGGAGGGCACCCAGCGGGCCAAGCCUGGCAAGGACCCUGUGGUGGGGGCUGGCGGAGGGGGUGCGGGGGGAGGGGGCAGUGCGCCUCCAGAUGACCUCCUGCAGGACGUUCUCUCCCCGAACUCCAGCUGUGGCAGCUCCCUGGACGGGGCAGCCAGCCCGGACAGCUACACAGAAGAGCCGGCACCCAAGCACACGGCCCGCAGCCUCCAUCCUGCCAUGCUGCCCGCCGCUGAUGGAGCCGGCCCUCGGUGAUGGGUCUUCGACCACCCAGGACCAGCUGGGAGGUUGCCUUUGGGCCGCUGGGACCAUGGGCUUCAGGGCAGGUGGGGUGAGGACUGGGCAGCUCUGAAGCAGGGUAUGGACUUGAUGAGCUUUCCCUGAUGUCUGAACUUUGGAAAGUCCUAACCGCCCCUGGGGCUGGCUAUCCUGUUUCCUGCCUCACUAGGAGAACAGAAAAAUGGAGCAAAGUGGUAGGUACUUUUUAUGAAGAUGGCACGGUCUUCCCCCUUUUCCAAAUCCCUGAGGCUUCUCAAGUAAGAGGCUCGAGUGGCGCUGCUUUUGGCCUGGAGCAUGGGGGUCCUGCCCUCACUGAGACCUGGGUGGUCAGUUCCUUCCCGAGGCGUCUGGCAGCCUCUGCCUGCCUUUAACGCCUCCAAAGCUGGCUAGGGUGGCUUUUGUGGCCACACGGUCCAAAUAUAGGUACCCGAUAGCUGCCCAUUUCUUGAGCCCCAUCUUUACCCAGGCCCACAUUGGUCCAUCCAGCUUGCCAGCUGCCGCAGAGGGCCACAAGCCUCGAGGUGCCUUCUUCAGGGCCUGGUUGAAGAAGACGGCCAAUGGACAGCCUGCUCUCGACUAGCUGGGCCAGAGGGUCAGAAAACACAGUAGCCCUUACUUCUUUCCCUGGGGAUUGAAGGUCUGCCUUCUCCCCACUGAGACUUGCUUCCUUAUCCUUGUGGCUCUGGGGACCAAGUCUGCAACUGUGAGCGUGUCCUGUGGGCUUUGUGCGAAGGCAGAGACAGGAGAUGUGCUGACAGUGAAAUUGAGCACGACCUGUUUGGGACACGUGGGCUUCAAGUCGCCGUGGUGUCUCAGAGCUAUCUGCCUGCGUUCUCAGCGACACAUUGCUGUUCAUGCAGGAGCAGAUGCCAGUGCGCUGAUGGGUGUGUGUUGGUGCAGAGUAGAGGUGCAGCCCCAUCUCGAGUUCUCCUACUGCUCAGAGGGAGCUUCCUGCGGCAGGAUGUCUGUUUGCGGAUGGUCUGGUCUGUGUUGUGAAAAUGAACCUGGCAUGAACUCUGUCCUGUGAGUUCCUGGCAUUUGGGAUCUUGCUUGACUUCAGUUAUUGGUGGGAUCUUUAGGUCUUGAUAUGACCCAGGAUCCAGCCCUACUUCUAGAGCCCAGGGAACCCAGUGAGAGACCAGGCCCUGGCAGAGAUCCAAACACACGCAAAUUCACUUAGCAGAACCUUCGACAGCCCUUGAUUGUGCAGAUUUCAGUCAUCAAGGGUGUGUAUGGGAGGCUGGCUUAAUGCAGUUGGGGUGCUCCUCACCUCAAGUUGUACACCACAUUUUUGUAAAUCAAACCCUUAUCCUUCAUCUUUUAAAGAAGUACUAACGCAAGUCAUUUGGUAAAGUGGAGAAUCCUUUUGUAGAGUGGACCACUGCCCCUUCAUUGAUCCCCUCUGUCAAUCCAGGUGGUGGGACGUAGUUUUCUUAAGGCGAGGCCUGCCUGUGACCCACAUCCCAUGCCCAUGGAACAGACUGCACACAAGUCCAAUACACCUGUCACCUGCCCUCCAGUCACCCCAGCUGGCUCUGACCAGGCUCUGCCUUGGAGAUCAGAGGGAGAAGGAUGCUCUGGCUCUGCCCUGCCCAAAGCAACGUGGAGGAACCGUCGCUGCUGCAGUCAGGAGAAGCCCUCGCACGUUGUGGGCUUCAGUCUGGUGGUCUGCCCUCACCGUGGCGGGGCCUCGGGAACAGCCACACGCACCCGGGGAGUGAUCCCUGCUCCCCUGCCUACUUCCUUUUAAGUUGUGAGGUCUAGUCCGUGGGGAUGGGAGCAACAUGGGUAACCCUUGUAGCACUCUCUGUCCUACUUCAGCCUCCUCUCCAUCAUAUUUUGAUGAACAUGAGGAUUGGUUCCCUUCUAAUUUUUGGAAGUUCCUGUGGGGAAUCCCAUCUGUUUAAAGACUGAGCACCUAUUCUCAAUCCUAAGGCUGCAUUUGCUUCCUUGUGGAUUAACUUGACCUGGGAGUGAAAAGUGGCCACAGUGAGCCGACAUGGGUGGGAUUUAGGAGAUGGGUCACACAUUCUCUCAGGGACUCCGCUCCCUCUUCUCUCAGACUUGCAGUAUGACCUGGGAAAGUUCUGUCAGUUUCUCAUAAAUACCCUGGUUUGGCCUGUCUCCUAGGGCUGUGGUGUGGACUGGAUGGAAUCAUGAAAGUAGAAGCAUUUUGAGAUGGUGAGGAACUCUGUUGCCCUCGGUGUCAUUCCUGCAGUGGAGCUCCCUAUCCCGAGUCCAGGAGCCGGGAGUGGGCCGGUCUGCCUGGGUGCACAGCAUCGGGCCAUUUCGGUUCUAAACCACUUUCGCCUGAAUCAUCUAGCUUAUCCUCAUUUCUCCAGCUUGACCUCAUUUCUCUCUCAUGCCAAGGCGAGGCACAGGAGUGAGACUGGGAAAGAGACGUGGGCACAUGAGCAGAAUAUGGAAAAAGGAACACAACCACCCACGACAGGCUGGGUAGGGAUGAACAAAGCUUCACGUCUCUGUUAAGAAGUAGACAAGGUCCAUGAUUUUAAUUCUCGUUGCCAGCACCUCUCCCCUACCACACCCUUCUGCUUCCUCUGCCCCUUCUUCACCCACGAAUAUUCUCCAUCCAAGAAUAAUAUCUGUACAACAGGGAAACUAUAUAAAGAUGGAAAAAACAGGAGGAGAACAAAAAUGAUUGUCAGUGACUGGAGGGAAUCACAUCUCUUAAGACAAAUUCAUAUCCUUUUAUUUGUAGUGGCAAACAACAAGAUGGUACAACCUUUAUCCUUUUCCGAAAGCAGAACAAAGGGCACAGCAUCUCUGGUCAGCCGCCAGCUGUCUCGGCCUUUGGGGGUGGUCUCGUCGUACUUGUGGUUUGGAUGGUACGUGGCCCCCGCCGAAGGCUUGCCCCCGGCCCGUGUACAUAGCGCGUCGUCCCUGCGGGUGGGCCCAGCACUUUCCGUCGAUGUUGUACUGUACGUGAUGCGUGGCGUUGGUCUCUGCAUUUUUCUGCAGAAGAGGAGUAACCACUCCAGGUACCUUGUCCUUUGUACAGCCCAGAGGCCAGCACUGUGGGCGUGUGACUCUUUAGCGACAAAACCCAUGUGGUGGUGAUGUGUGUAUAUAUAUAAGGAUAUAUUGGGAAGAUUUCUAAAUAAAAGUUUUACAGAGGG